AUGGCCGCCUGGAGUAGCGUCUUGUUUCCGGUUUUGCGCGACGGAAGUGACGAGAGCGCAGUGCGCCGCUGUGUGGAGCGGGGGUUGGACGGCUGGAUGAAUCGCGUGUUGUGUUCGCCGGCGGCCGGGGCCGCCCGGGCGCUGAGGUUCGCGCGGUGGUCCUCCCCGAGCUCACAUUCGACCUCCGGUGGCCAAGCUCGAGUCCAGAGAGUGACAGAGGCAGAGAAAGACCUUUACCAGCCUAUACCGUUUUCCUCUAGCAAAGCCAACCCAUCCCGCUGGAGGGUGGAACAUUCACUGGGCAAGAUGCAGCAGCGGCCCUGGUGGAAAGUGCUGCCCUUGAGCUUCUCCCUCCUGGCUUUCGUCGUUUGGUGCUACCUCAGGCGGGAAAGCAGUUCAGAUGCGUGGUUAAGCGAGGAGCUGGAGGAAGAACCAGAGCCCAGGGAUCGCUUCGAGGAGCAUGUCACUGCGAGGAUAUAA